AAUCAUAUCAAAGUAUGACUUUAAAGUCCAGGUUUUCACUGCUACACAUUUUCCCCAGUAGUUCUUUAUGCACCUUCUGCUUGGAAAAAAAACAGAAUUGCUGAAUUGUUGAUUGAAGUCUAGACUGAAAUUAGGAAGAUGUGCAUUUAGCAUUUACUUGCUAAACAGAGGGUCUAACAAAGAAUACAAUCAUGUCACUAUAGGGGAAGAGUGGAGCCAGGUUUGAGUUCUAACCCAUUUUACAGACACUAUCUGCUAUCUACUGAAUCAUCUGAUCAUCUUAUCUGUUUUAAUCUGUUUCCAAAAAUCCCCCAUUUCAUAAGUGCAAUACAAAGUUACAGGAAAUCAGCCUUUAAAGUUCUGCAGAUGAUCCUUUUUUAUAAUAAAGUGGAAUAAACAUCACUAUCUGUAAUUGCUGCUUAUACAAGGUUUGCCCUGUUUAAUUUUCGUGCGUGUGGACCCCACAGUGAUUUUCCAGCCAUACACUGCUUCCUUGUCUCAAGUUGUUUCUAUCUUAAUGUCUUUGAGCCAUUGGCUUUUUUAACUGUACACCCUAGUAAUAGCAAGUGAUCUUUUGGCAUUUGUUGGUCUUUUGUGGUAGUAAUUUUAAACCGAAGUAGGGUGAUACAAACAUAUUUUUAUUACAAAAUUACCAUGCACCUUUAAACUCAGCUCGUCUUUUAUUAUCGCUAAGGUAUUAAUGUAUAGCAAGGUAGCAGUUUAUCAUAAAAUAUAGUAGUUGUGGGUUAAUCAACAGAGAAGCCUGAAAAGAAACCUAAGAGAAACUGAAAGGGAACUUGGCAAUAUCAGCGUUGUCCUCAAGUAGCUUUUCAUACUGCCCUGACAGGUCAUGUAAGGACACAUUGGCACACAGCCGGUAGGGAAACGCAUGAGUUUACGGCCUGCUUUCAACAAUUAAAUAAACGCCCCUUUUCGUGACAAGGCAUUGAAUCCAACUAAUGUACAGUAUAAGGUAAUGAUAAAAUAUUGUUUAUUUUUUGCUAAGUUACCAAAAUUGUUAGAGCACCGAGAGUCGCCGAGGAAUGACGUCAGUACGCAUCACAUUGAAUGAUGACGCCGUUUGAUCAUUAAAAAAAUCAGCCGUUAAAAAAAAAUAGAGAAUUAGGUCAGCAAACUAACACGGUAUAAACGGCCACGUUAUUAAUGUAACUGCCGCGUUUUUGAUUGUACAACUCUUACAAAGACGCAACCUGGGCACAAUAUAACCUGCUCCGACGAUGAGAGAGAUGUCCGGUGUUUCCAGCAUCUUCAGACGGGGGCCGUAGCCGUUAGACCGGUUCGUCUAUAUCUCUGUCUGCCUCCCUCCGCUGGGUUUGGGAGACCCGCAAGCCCAAAUAACGUUAACGCUGCUGUAGUCCCGUCCAGGCUGGGGCUGAAUGGUUAGCAGGGGGAAGGAGAGACGCUGAAGGCUGCUCUGCAAAGACUCAGGAAAUUACUUCUCGCCUCUUCUCGACAGCCUGGUAGCAACACCGUGCACAUUUCAGUAGUUCCAAAAUACAAAAUUCAAGGACUCUAGCAUGUGAACGCAGCAACCUAAGGGAUGUGAGCCUCAACACUUCUGUCUCAGAUCUUCUUUACCCUGCGCAGACAUAAACAGAGUUUGACAAUGUCAAGCCGUCGAAAAUCAACCACACCUUGCAUGGUGCUGCCCUCUGAUGUGGUGGAACAAGAAGAGGUGGAGGAGAAAACAGAAAGGACAAAGGAGGAAGAGGCAGAAGAGAAGGGGGAUGUGAAGGAGGGAACUGAAGAGGUUCUGACUGCAGAGGAGCUGGAUCAGGCAGUAGUGGUUGUUCCCACCCCUCCAGAUACAGAUGAACCAAGUGUCUCUACUGCAGAAGACCGCAAAGUCCUCAGUCCGUCACUGAAGCGCAGUGCUACAAACCCUCCUGAGGAUCCAGGCUGUGACCAGCCAACACAGGAACAACAGUGUGAUACACCUGAGGAGGGAGGAGCAGACCCUGCCACGGUUGCUGCCAUUUCUCUCAGCAAGACCCCCAUCAUGAGGAUGAAGACCAAAUCUGAACCCAAGAGGAUUGCCGUGUCUCUGAAAUCAGCAGAUGAGGUGGGGGAGAGUUUUGGAGGGGGCGGUGAGGGAGAUGUUGGAGGAGGAGAGCAAGAGCCCAUUGAAGCUCCUCUGGGACCUAUGACACCUAUGGAGAUGCUGCUGCAUGACUCUAUGAAGCUCGGAGGAGGUGGCUUGCUGGUCAGCCCGCCCUCAGAACAACAGAGGAAAUCAUCUACCUUAAACCCCACAGUUCUGCCUGCUGGCCUGGCACAGGUGCUUUCUGCUUUUCAGGCCCAGCAUACUGCAGCAGCAGCAGCAGCAGCUCAGCCUCAGCUACUGAUUCCCCUCAGCAGCAUCCCCUCCUAUAGUGCAGCUAUGGACACCAACGCCCUGCUAGGAAGCACAUACAAGAAGUUCCCUUACCCCUCCAUGGCUGAGAUCAGCAGCCUGGCAGCACAGACACAGUUUACAGAGGAGCAAAUCAAGGUGUGGUUCUCAGCACAGCGCCUGAAACAUGGUGUGAGCUGGACUCCAGAGGAAGUGGAGGAGGCCAGGAGGAAGCAGUUUAAUGGUACCGUGCACACUGUGCCUCAGACCAUCACUGUCAUACCUGCUCACCAACUCUCAGCUGCUGCUAAUGGCCUGCAGUCCAUUCUUCAAACCUGCCAGAUAGUGGGCCAGCCCGGCCUGGUGUUCACACAGGUUGGCCCAGGGGGGAACCUUCCAGUGACCAGUCCAAUCACUCUGACAGUGGCAGGGCUGCCCACUCAGUCCCAGAGCUCCAGCAGAGUUUCCUGCCCGCCCACCCCGACAAACAGUGAGCUGAAACGGGCAACCCUUGUUCAGCCUCCCUCUCUUUCUCCACAGGAGAACUCGGCUCUCAGUGCCGAUACAUUCAGUUUGCGGCCCAAGAAGUCCAAAGAGCAGCUGGCAGAGCUGAAAGCCAGCUACCUGAAAAACCAUUUUGUCACUGAUGCAGAAAUUGCUCGGCUUAUGAAACUCACCAACCUGACAAAGGGAGAGAUAAAGAAGUGGUUUAGCGACACCAGGUACAAUCAGCGCAACUCCAAGAACAGCCAUGUCAUUGUUUUCCAUGAGGGAGGGAGCAGAGGAAGUGGCAGCUGCAGUAGCAGUGCUAGUACCACCAUUGUUAUUGACUCAAGCGAUGAGACCCCCACAUCUCCCCUUCCUCCACGCACCCCUCCUGUGAAAGAGAAAGAGACUCGACCCAAAACAUGGAAUCCAUUUCCAGAUUUCACCCUGCAGAAGUUUAAGGAGAAGACACCCGAGCAGUUGGUGGUGUUGGAGGAAAGUUUUGAGAAGAGCAGCACCCCAUCUGAUGAAGAACUGAGCCGCCUGAGGACAGAGACUAAACUGACGCGGAGGGAGAUUGAUGCAUGGUUCACCGAGAGACGAAAAAUGCCAUCUGUCAACACAUCCUCCCCGGAUUCUUUAGAGGGAGGAAAGAUGGAGACAGAUGGAGCAAAAGCAGGAGAAGGGGGAACAGGAGCCAGCUCUUCUUCUCCUUCUGCCUCCUCAUCCCGAAAAGGUAGUCAAACUCCUCCCGGUGGUCGCAGUAAGCAACUGGCUAGCAGCAGCAACAGAGAUGUGAAAGAUAAGAGUAAAAAGACUCCGGAGCAGCUCCAUAUUCUGAAAAGUGCCUUUGUGCGGACCCAGUGGCCUACGCCGGAGGAGUAUGACCAGCUGGCAGAAGAAAGCGGCCUUCCGCGUUCCUACAUUGUCAGCUGGUUCGGGGACUCUCGGUACUCGUGGAAGAACAGUAACCUGAAGUGGUUCUUCCAGUACCAAAGUGGCAACAUCGAAGGGCCAAAUGGUGGAGGAGGCAAUAAAAUAGGAAGCAGCAGCAGCAUUGGUCGAAAAAGACGUGCCCGAAAUCGUGGCUGGGGUCGAUCCCGAACCAGAAAACAGCCAAGAAGGUCAGCCUCUUUCAGUGCAGACAUCAACAGAUCUCCCCCGACAAAGAAAUACAAGAGCGGGAGAGAGAUUUUGAAGGAGUACUACCUGAAACACCGCUUUCUCAAUGAGCAAGACCUGGAUGAGCUUGUCACCAAGACCAACAUGAGCUAUGAACAGGUGAGGGAGUGGUUUGCUGAGGUCCAGCGACGUGUGGACUCGGGGUUGGAUCCCUUCCAGGAGUUGACUGUGACAGACCGAGACGAAGGAGGAGAAGAAGACGGAGCGGACAGGCAGGGAGAAGCGUCCACCACCGAGGAGCAGAGCGGCACGGGGAUGGCGGAUGAGGAUGAGGAUGAAGGAGAUGAAGAAGAUGAUGGAGAUGAUACGGAUGACAGUGAGGUUUGGGAACCGUCACGUAGCGUCAGGAAAUCCUUGUCAGUUUCUGAAGACUAAUGAUUGUGUGAAGCGAAGUGAAACGUUACAGAAUGUUACAAGAGAUUUACAGGCGUGAUUAAUGCUGGAGGACAGUUCACUAAACCAAGUUUUUUUGCCACUGAUUUGCAUGUGUACUCAUCUGCAACAUUAAUUUACAGUUUUUUCAACCUUUUUCUGAAUCACGUCUUCAUGAGACUGACAGAUGAACUAUUAGCUUUAGCUACUUAUUUACUGUAAGUAAUGUGGAACAGCUUAAAGAAGAAUUGUGGUAAAGAAGGAGAUUUAACAAACCCUGCUAUUGUUAAGUGGCACACCAAACCCCGAUAAAACUUAAAAACUAGCAGUUACACAAUAUUUCGUCAAAAGGAUAUUCCAUGAGGGCAAUCCUCGAGCUGAGCUGAAGAUGAAAACUGCAGACACAUCCAUAUAACCUUCUUUGGAAGCAACUGAUGGCUGCAGUUGUAAAUGAGAGAGGAGGGAGAGACAGUUUUAAUGUCCACAAUGCCCCUUGUUAAAUUUGCACUCCUUGCAUGCUAAAAUGAAACAAGUGAAGGAAGACUUAUUGACACAAUUCUGCUGCAUUUCCUUGAGAAGGCGUGUUGUUAUGAGCACAGGCCUAAUUUCUUAACUUGUUUCUCUAGUGUAAUGAAUGUUUUACCCCUGGUCCCAAACUAACAGCACACACAGAGGAGAAACAAAAAAAGACUUGUCUAUUGUGUUUACAAAGGUGCUUAAAAAUGUUUCACAGCUAGAUGUCACUCUUGAGCGGUUACCCCAGUCAAACUAGUGUACAUCUAUUUGUGGAACUGUUUGAUUUCUUUAGUAUCUUUUUUUGUCUAGGUCAUGUGAAGAUCAUCGCAAGGACCAGAUACAAAUCAGCAGCUUGUUUGCGCUGACAUGGAUUGAUAAUGACACUGACCGUCAGGCAUUUUGUCUCGAUACGAGACCAAAUGCCUUCAUGCUGAGUGAAUGCCAUGAUGCUUUUGACAGCACAGGAUGUCUACUCAAGUCUUCCCUUUAUAAUGAUUUGUUGUUUCAUGAGUAUUAUUGGUAUUAUAGAUUUUUACCGGGACACCUACAGAUCUGAUAGAAAAAGCGAAAAUUAAAAUGUGUUUAAUAUGCACUGCUAUUAACAUUUAUAAACAAUUUUUUCACCUUUUGAUAGAACACAUCCUGUGCUUUUUUAUUUAUUUAUUUUUUUAAAAUGUAGGCUGGGAUGAUAUGAGGCUGUUGCCCCAAAGUCGAAUGUGUUGUCUGUUGAGCAGUGAGCUGCAGUUUGAGUCAUUGGCACCAUUUGUGAGCUAAAUAAUAGCUACUGUGAGACAGACAUCCGGGUAUCUUGCCUUUACAUUUGGACUCCUCUGCUCACGUCAAAAACAAGUCCUGUGAAUCCUUUUGAAUCUAUAAAGAAAGACUGUUUAUCAUCAUUUUAAAUCAUAAUUUGACUCCAGUCUGCACUGACGGGAAAAACGUGAAGCACCAAAACUAAACUUUUUUUUUUUUUUUCAUUUAAAAAUGCACUUUGUCCACUCUGUGUACACUGUGGACUAAAUCCUGAUUAGGCACCUUAAUCUCUUAUUAUACCAUUAAAUGGCUCUAAGAGACCAAAUCUGUUUUGUAAGACUACAAACUGAACCAGUGUUUUGCCUUUUUUAUCCUCAGUGCGUUUUCUGGAGGAGGAUUCAAUUUAUCCGCUUUUUUUUAUAUGUUGGAUGUUUAUAAGGCUCAAAAAAACUAGAAGAACAAUCACCCAUUGCUUUCUUUCGCUAAAUUGCACAAUUUGAGCCCCAUUUUUAAUCUUUUCUUGUCUUGAAAAUGCACACUGUUAUAUUUGUCAUGUUUUCUAUUGUUGCUUUAAACUGAGGGAAUUGUCUCCCAUCUCGUUUCUCUGCUCCCACAUACCCACAACUGUUUGAAUCUUUACCCCACUCCCACAGUCCACUUUUGUGAAACGAAUGCCUAUACUCUUUGUGUGCACUUCCCAAGACAUGUUUCUGUAAAUUUUAGCUGUGGUCUGUCGGUUCUGUCUCAUUAAAUUAUCUACAAGGCAGACAGACAGAGGUGUAAGGACAUCUUCAAAAGACUGAAACUGUUCAGAAAACUACAACAAACAUUCUUGGAGAAUAUUUUUUUUUCUGGUGGAAGGGAUUGUUCUGAUGCCUGGAAAAACAGCACAGCAUUCCCUCUGUGGUGGGAAGUCUACCAAAUACUGCUCCUCUUUCUGACUGUUUUCCUCACGCUUUACUGCAGUAAACUGACAGGACAAUAGACUGAAAACUGUCUUGACUACGGUUCUUCACAAAUAGGGAGAGAGACUGUGAUGAAGCUUUGCAAAUAAACCUAUGUGCCUACACGGCUCGUAUGCUUGUUUGAACAGAAUUCCACCAAAUCUCGACAGAAGAUGAUGAGAGAGAAUUUGCCAGUGUUUGGAAAUCGCAUACUGUUGGGUGAAUCUUAAGGGAGGCUUGUUCAAACUAAUUUGUGAUGCAUGACCGAGCUCUGCUUUCUGCUGACACUAAAAGAUGCGUAGAUACUCUGAAGUUGACAUCGGAAACUUCUGUUCAAAGUCCUUUAACGGACACCUUGGUGUUCCGAAUUUUAUUGAUUUUUUUUCACCAGGCACUUGUCAGACUACAUGCUGGCACUUAUUUUAAUGAGUAUUUUUGAAGCCACUGUAUUCUGCUAGCAGUAAACUAGCUAGGCUUGCUGGUUUAUGGCAACUAAAAGUGAGAUGAAACCAUAAUGUGACAAGUGCCCGGCCAUGAAAAAUAACAAAUUCAAAAUGUUAAGGUAUACCUUGUGUCUAAUACUGCAUGCAAUAACCAAGAUGAACAACAGCUCAUUUGUACAUACAAUAUUUUGGGUUGGUAUACAUGGCGCAGUAGAAGUCUAAUCUGGGAUUAAUUCUCAGAGUGAUUUUUUAUGAUACUACUUACAUUUCAGUCCCCAAGUUGACUGCAACCAUUUUCUGUUUUCUUCAGUUCAUGGACUUUAGAAAUGAAAAAUUCAUUUCAAUCCUGUCACUGUCAGCUUAAACAGGCUAGCUAGCCUUUUUGAGCUACAUUUUAGGGUCCUUUUCUCUGAACUGUGUUGCCCCCAUAAUUUGUAGUCAUUAUGCGGGAGCCAUUUUGUGCCCUUUUUGUAACCAUUCGAAUCUUGCUACUUCACAACAAACUGGCUGUCCGCAAUUAGCUUGUUUUAGUCCACAAGUUAGGCUUAUACCCGCCGCCCAUGUAUCCAGCCCAGUCUUUUACAGUGUGCUCUUUCAUUACUAUAGUCUGUCUGUUUUGGAUGGUUUAAUAUACUUCUUUCUAUGAAAACUGUCAUUACAACUCUUUCCAGACACCAGUGGAUUGUUUGUUAAUAAGACAGACUCAAACAAUAUGUACGAUAGAAUAGUGUUUUUGAAAUAGAAUCAGUUUUAGAGUUCAGCCAGUGUUGCCCAAGUGACUUUUUAGUACUUUUAUUGCAAAAAAUAUACAAUCAGAACUCUGUAGCAAAGACAUGCACUCACUUUAGCUUUAUAUCUAAGCUGCUUUACAAACAUACAAGCCUGAUUCCAGUAAAGUUAGAAUGCUCUCUUAAGACAGAAAUAAAAACACCUUGCAGUCAUUUGCAAAUGCUAUUGGACUUGUUUUUACUUGAAUACAAUAGAGGAGAUAUUUAAUAUUCAAAUUUUAUUUUUAAUAUACAAUCAUUCUGAAUUCUGAGGUUAUUCUGCCAUAAUGUGCCAAUUUUUUUGAAAUCAAAGGUUAAAUGUAAGAGAGAAUUUAUUUAAAAUAUUUUAAGUAACACAGUUACUUAAAGGGGCACUGCAUCAGUUAAACACAUGAAAAGUAACCCUGGUGAUGUCAUCUCAACUUUGUCUUAAGACGCUUUUUGUUUUAUUUGACUAAUAAAACUGUGAGUGCAGCUUGACCCAUAUUAGAUCCUAAAAGACAGGAUAUCGCAGCCUUCGCUUCACAGAUUUUGACAGUAUUUCAUCUCCCUUUUAGUCCCACAUUUUUAUGAAUAGGCAUUAUAAAUGACAAUACUAAAUCAGUGCAGUACCCAUUUAGAGAUUUUCUGUCCGUUACAUUUCUGAAUCUACUACAUAAUAGAAUUUACCCAUGUUAACGCUGAAUAGUAACUCACAUGUUAGGUGGACAAUAAAGAGAAGAAGCACAGAACCAGAUUGACUCUGGUACAGCAUUGCUGUCUAAUAACCCUGUAACAUUCAAAAAAUGCCCCUCUUCUUUAAAUAUUAACCAUGUAUUGAAACAGUUUUCCCAGGCUGCUGAGGUGCUGUGUCUGCUCUGUGAGUUGUGAUUUUAUAUUCACCAGUCAUCAUGUAUCCCAGUUAACCUUGUGCAGUAGAGCUAAAAGCUAACAUUGUGAUCUGAGUAGUUUACCUGCUGUCCUGUUGUGCAUAUAAUGUCAUAUCUGUAAGCUUCACUAAACUUCUGCACUAGUCCUCACUUGUUAUCUGUUUUUAGACAGGUAAUUGGUUGAAUGUUUCUUUCAGCAGUCAGAGAUUGAAAUGGUAAAAAAGAAGAAAAAGAAUACCUGUCAGAACUGUAUUAUACUGUACUUAUAAAUGGAAAUGUUUUUUUUUUUUUUACUUUUUUCUGUGGAAUUUUCUCCCUUUUUUUCUGCUCUAAUUUUUAUCUGUUGACAGUUUUUACCCCAAGUUAUUGUUUAAACAUAGUAUGAUGUUUUAUUUCUCUGUUCCUGCAUAUUUCCAGACACGUUUCACUUGAGAUGACAGUGACUUCUCAGCUCUUGUGUUAAGUCAGAGUUGGUUCCGUAGACACAGACUGUGGGAAGAACACAAUGAUCUAACUGUGUGCUCUAAUAAAUGGAAAAAAGAACAAAUAUUUACUGUGCCUUUUUAUAAUGUCACCUGUGACAUUCAUCCUUCAGUUUUUUGUUUUUUUGGUUUUUUUUUUAAUACAAGCAAACAAAAAAAAACCCUCAUAAAGUGGUCUACCCUACAUCUGAUUGACAGUUAGAGGUUACAGAUUGUGGGAAAUAGUUGAGAUUGGACCUUUUUGCAGGUGAUGCAGGAAAAUAGGACAUGUCUGCAUACAACAAUCAUGGCUCAACAAAACAGUUCAAAUUUGUGUUUUUCUGUGUCUACGGGCUGACAUUUGACACAAACUUUCUUCUACUCUCUUCCUGUGCGUCUGAAAUGUCUUAAAACUUGAGAGUAGCUGUCAUAAAUUCUGAUUAAACACUGUAUGUAUGUGUGUUUGCCUCUGCCGGCUUGCUCUAAAAAAGCUAUGAAUUCCUUUUGUGGCCCCUGCAAUGUCCAGCUUGUAGCUACCGGCUUUGAGCCAGACAGUUUGUGCCAUGUUAAUUUAAAAUCCCUGCUGUUGUUGAGGCCCUGGCUUGAUUUCUAGCUUAAUUUAGGAAAGAUUUAUAUUUUAUACUUGUUUGAGGACAAAACCCAAUAAAUUUUGGUCAAAAGA